AUGCAGUCACGAUCAGCCCCCCUCUGGGCUGCGCUGCUCUUCGCCAGCGUAGUCUCUGCUCAUGGCGGCCACGAGAAUGUCCCCGAGGGUUCGGCGGUUUCUCUGGAACCGAUGGACUCCACGCUAUGGGUGCAUAUAAUCCUGAUGGGUUUUGCGUUUGGAAUUAUUUUCCCGCUUGGCAUGGUCCUCGGUAUCGUCCGCUCGCGCUGGCACGUCCCCCUCCAAAUUGUCGGAACCGUUAUCGCUGUCGUCGCCUAUUUCCUCGGCCAUGCGCACAAGGGUCGUCAAUUUGGGCCGAAUGCCCAUGCCAAGUUUGCGAACUGGUUGAUGCUUCUGCUGGUCGUGCAGGUUACGCUGGGUUUCUAUCUCAAAUUGCAUCUUGAGAAGGCUGGACAGGCCCGUAUCCGCUGGAUCUUCGUUAUGGCUCAUGGAGUUAUUGGAAAGAUCAUGCCGGUUGUUAGCUGGAUGCAAAUGCUGUUUGGUGGCAUUGCUUCUCUCGGCUUCUGUCAGGAUGAUCACCUUGGCCAGUGUCUGGCGCACUUUAUCAUGGGCAGUGCGUUUAUCGGGUACGGCAUCUGUCUGACUAUCCUUUUGCUGGUUGGACAGUUCUGGUUGCGCCGGACUGGUCGGAGCCAGGAAUUCUUUGACUCGCUUGUUAUUGCGGCUUGGGGUUGUGUUAAUACCUUUACUGAGCACCGCUGGGGCGGUCCCUGGGCGCACAAUGAUCUGCAGCAUACUACCAUGGGUAUUGUCUGGUGGUGCGCUGGUCUGCUGGGUAUGUGGUUGAGUCGGAGCCGCAAUGGUCGGCCUAAGCGCAACCUCAUCCCGGCUAUUGUCAUUCUCAUGACUGGGUAUGCCAUGUCGGCACACCCACAGACUUUGAUGAUCAGUACCAUGAUCCACUCUCUCUUCGGAUAUACUCUCAUGGCGGCGGGUAUCACCCGUCUCAUUGAGAUCUCCUUUGUGCUGAGGGAUAAGCCUGCUGUCAGCAUGAGUGGCAAUGAUCCUAACAGCUUCCAGUACCUCCCACCAUUUUUGCUGUACGCCUCCGGGUUCCUUUUCAUGGGCGCCACCGAGGAACAGAUGCAGCUUCUCAACGAUGCAGGUAUCACACACGUUUCAUACGUGUUGAUCCUCUACAGCGUUGCCUUCAUCCUCUUCCUCUUCGUCAACAUCCUCCUCCACAUCUACGCCGUCCACGCCUGGCCCGAAGGCGAGCCAACUGACGCUCAAGAAGGCGCCAAAUACACCCACGCCAAUGGCAGAUCCAUGAACGGACGCGCACGCACCACCGAGGCCACGCGCAUCCAGGACGCCGAGGCCUUUGAGCUGCAGGGUCUGAUCAGCGACGAGGAAGAGGAAGCCGGGUCCUCGAUGGGACCGAAAAAGACCGACGAUGAAGAAAUGGCCAAGGAGAGCGCUCACCACUAG